AUGGAUACUAUCGCUGUCGCAAACGCUCACGAAUUGCUUAAAAAAAUGACUGAAAAGUGUUUUUCCAAAUGCAUUGUAAAACCCGGCACUUCAUUAGACAAUAGCGAAACCUUAUCUGAGAUAAUCAUUCGAUAUCACUGUAAAUGCCUGAACCUGUGUGUGGAUCGGUUUGUCGACGCAUACAAUAUAACGACCAAAUCGUACGGAACAAGAAUUCAAAAAGAAAAGGGCUUUUAA